AUGGAAGGUGUUGCAAACUUGCGAGUAUAUUAUAACGGUGAGGUUGUAACAAACACACAUGAAGGAGUCACUUUUGUUUGUGAAUGUCCGUUGUCAUUUGCCAUUCCAUGUACCAUGGGUUUUGUCGAGUUGCAAAAUGGUCUUUGUAAUAACAUUCAAAGCCACAUUUUGAAAAGGGUGAGCAAUCUUUUAUACAGAAGUCCUGUGCAAGUAUUUGGUGGGUUAAUACAGUUUCAAAUAAUGCCCAUCACUGACGAUGCCAGUAUGCAGCAGAUGUUGUAUAUUUAUCAACAAACCCGAUCUCACGUGCCGAUGAUAGAGCUGUACGUUGAGUUUGAACAGCAGCCGGGGACGAGUAUGGUCGACGACGAGAUCAAUGUUGAUGAGCUCGGGGAUAUAGAUUGGGAAGAAUAUAAUAAUGAUAGUGAAGACGAAUUCGAAGCUAACUAUGAAGUCGAUGACGAAAACGAUGACGGAGACUUGGCAGGCAAUCCGGCGGUGCAAGAUGAAGCAAAUGCGAUUGUAAGCCAGCACCCGUUUGGUGUUCCGUCUUUUAUGCGGCAUCUAGAUCUCGAAGCCAUGCAUGCUCCGGAAUUUCCUGAGUAUGCGAAUACAGGUAAAGGCAAUGUUGCGGCGGAAGAUGGCGAGUUUAGUGUCGGAAUGGAAUUUGGUUCGAGAGAGUCGGUGAUAUCUGCAAUCAAAAGCUACACCAUCUCUAGAGGAGUUGAUUACACUGUGUAUGAGUCUGAGCCGCAGACAUUCUAUGCGAAAUGCAAGGGGUAUGGUGCAGGGUGUGACUGGCUUAUCCGAGCUAGCUUGAUUCGAAAAAAAGCUUGUUGGGAGAUCAGGAGAUACAAUGGCAAGCACACGUGCACUAUGGGCACGAUUUCACAAGAUCAUGCAAAGUUGGACUCAGACACAAUUGCAGAUGCCAUUAGGCCAUUGGUCGAAGCAGACCCCUCGAUAAAGGUGAAGUCUGUUAUUGCAGAAGUUCAAGGCAAGUUCAACUAUACUGUGAGUUACCGUAAGGCUUGGUUGGCAAAGCAGAAAGCUGUCGCCAAAAUUUUCGGCGAUUGGAAAGUUUCUUACCAAACUCUGCCAGUAUGGUUGAAAGCAAUGACAGUGAAGAUGCCAAGGUCUCGUGUUCAAAUUAAAAUGCUCCCCGUUUACCGCGAGAGUGAGGAGGUUCAAGGUGUAAGAGUUCUGCACCGUGUUUUUUGGAGCUUCUAUCCGUGUAUUGUAGCAUUCAAACACUGCAAGCCACUGGUGCAGGUUGAUGGCACGCACCUGUACGGAAAAUAUAAAGGAGCACUUCUCGUAGCGGUUGCACAAGAUGGGAAUCAAAACAUUGUGCCUAUUGCAUUUGCGAUUGUCGAGGGCGAGACAGCAGACGCGUGGGAAUUUUUUCUAACCAAUUUGCGGAGAUAUGUUGUUACUAUUGAUGGUGUGGGUAUUAUUUCUGACCGCCAUACCUCUAUCGACGCUGCAAUAGCUCGCAGUAACGGUGCAUGGUCACCACCAAGGGCGUGGCACAUGUAUUGCAUCAGGCACAUCGGAUCCAACUUCUUAAGGAGGUUCAAGGCUCCAUAUUUGUCUAUCCGUGUAUUGUAG